AAGAAAACGGGAGGGAAAGGAAGAAGAAGAAGAAGUACAGAGGCCAUUCAUCAUCAUCAUGGGACGUUCCCCUUGCUGUGAGAAAGCCCACACCAACAAAGGCGCGUGGACUAAGGAAGAAGACCAGCGCCUAAUCAGCUACAUCCGCGCCCACGGUGAGGGCUGCUGGCGUUCUCUCCCCAAAGCUGCUGGGUUGCUUCGAUGUGGGAAGAGUUGCAGGCUGAGGUGGAUUAAUUACCUCCGGCCUGAUUUGAAGAGAGGGAAUUUCACUGAAGAAGAAGAUGAACUCAUCAUCAAGCUCCAUAGCCUCCUUGGAAACAAAUGGUCGUUGAUAGCCGCAAGAUUGCCGGGAAGGACUGACAAUGAAAUCAAGAACUACUGGAACACUCACAUUAAACGCAAGCUUCUCAGCCGUGGGCUGGACCCACAAACCCACCGUCCCAUCACCUCCUCCCCCACAUCCGCCGACGCCGGAACCCCGACCGCCGCCGCCGCCGCCACCAAGGACAGCUGCCGGGAUUUUAGGAACACAACCCCGACAGCAUCAUGUUCUCACGAAGACACGAAAUGCAACAGCGGCACAACAACAGAGGAAUCUCAACCGUUAAAACAGCAACAGAUGAAUGAUCGAACGGUCAAUCUUGACUUGUCUAUUGGGCUGUCGAUGCAUCCAACGGUCGAAAGUGCGUCAUCUUCAAAUUCCGCAGAGUCUACGCAUUCGUAUGAUUUUCUGACGGCGCCGACGCCGCAAUCUCUGCCGGUGACGACGACGGUGGGGUAUAGGAUGACGCAAGCGGUGUGUUUGUGCUGGCAAUUGGGGUGGCCCCACAGUGACAAUUUGUGUAACAAAUGUUAUAAUAACACGUAUAAGUGGUUUCCUUGAUAAGGAUGAACCACUUUGUGUACUUGAUAGCUAAUUAGGUGUUUAGUGUAUUAAUUAAUUAAAUAUUAAAUAUAUUUUCUACCUCUUUGCUUCCAUUCCCAUAUGUAAUCAUCGCUUCAAAAUCCAAGUGUAUUACCUUUGUAACAAGAAUUGUGUCAAGUUUUGUUUUCUGUUUUUGGAGAACAAAAUGUCGAUGUAAAUUGAAGAAAUUUAAUGGAAAAGUUAUUAAGAUUAUGAG